ACCACAACUGCCGCCAUCUCGUGCCUUCCGUUGCUGCAUCGAUCGAGGCUUCCGUCUGUAAGAUACCCUGGCAACAAUGGUAGCAACGGUGCUCGGCAAGCGCACCCGAAGCUCUGCGCGGUCCGCGGCUGCAGAGCAAAAACCCACCCAGCCGACUCGCAUCACGCGGAACUCCAAGUUUGUUAUUGGUCUAGACAACGACGAGAACGAAAAUCCAUUCAUAACACCAAAGAAGCGCGACACACCUCUCAAGGUCAAUGCCACAGAAAUUGAUGAAUCGGCCGAAGAAGAAUCGCCAGCGAAGCGUACGCGUACUUCUAACACCGCACCGUUGAAGCAUGGCGCCAUUGAAGCCAGAGUCGCUCUAUCUCCAGCCAAGAUCAAUGCGCAUUUUAAAUCCUCAAAAUCCAGCACCAGCACGGACUCGAAGACGGGUGCAACUCCCUCGACCCCUCGACACCGCGAUGCGGCCGCAAACAAGGUCGUUGUUACUCCCAGGCACCGCGUUCUUCUCCCAGGAAAGCCGUUGACGCCGAGGACGCCGAGGACACCUACCACUCCACGGACGACCGUGCCCACUAUUUACAACGAUGCGCGUCAGCUUUUUAUCCGUGGCGUGCAGCCGGGCCGGUUGAUUGGGCGGGAAGAGGAAAGGAAGGAACUUCACCAGUUCGUCUCGUCGCGUACCACGUCUAAGAAGUCGGGAUGCUUGUACAUCUCUGGUCCGCCUGGCACGGGCAAAAGCGCGUUGGUCGAUGAGAUCUGUAACGAAUUGGAUAAGGACUCGUCGGUGAAACGCGCAUACAUUAAUUGUAUGAGCAUCAAGAGCGCCGGGGAGAUCUAUGUGAAGCUUCUGGAGGAAAUUGGCGAGGCCGAGGACGUGUUGGAGGGAUCGGAAAAAGACACCCUACAAGAGAUUUUGUUCAAGCGGGACACGUCCUAUGUGAUCACGCUGGACGAGGUCGACUACCUCUUGGAGCUGGACCUCGAGCUGUUGUACACUCUGUUUGAGUGGUCCAUGCGGCCCAAGACGAGCCUGGUGCUGCUGGGCAUCGCGAACGCGUUGGACCUGACGGACCGGUUCCUCCCUCGCCUCAAGUCGAAGGGCCUCAAGCCCCAGCUCCUUCCAUUCAUGCCCUACAGCGCAGAGCAGAUCGCAUCCGUCAUCAGCUCGAAGCUGCGCUCGCUCCUCCCGGCCGACUCCACCGCAGCAGCCGACUUCAUCCCCUUCCUCCAUCCCAUGGCCGUCCAGUUCCUCUCGAAGAAAGUCGCCGCGCAGACGGGCGACCUGCGCAAAACCUUCGACAUUUGCAGACGCGCCAUCGACGUGAUCGAGACUGAGACCAGGGAGAAACACGCCAAAGCGAUAACGCCGGAGGAGACGCCCGCCUCAAGCCCCAGCCCGUCGAAGGCGACGCCACUCCUUGAGAACAUGAACCUCUCCUCGCCGGCUGUGCCACGCACCACGCAGCCCAAAGCGCAGCAGCAGCAACAGGCCUCGGCGCUGCAGACCUCCCUCGCACAACUCACUCCUGAGACGGCACCGCGCGCUAGUAUCGCGCAUAUGGCGCGCGUAACUGCAGCCGUAUUCGGCAACGGCGUCGCGCAGCGUCUCAAGACGCUGAACCUGCAGCAGAAAGCGGUGCUCUGCGCGCUCGCGGCACUGGAGCGCAAGCUCUCGUCGGCCCCAUCAUCAACAGUGCCCAGCACGCCCUCGAAACACGCCAAAGUCGCCGCGCCCACACUGAAACAACUCUACGACGCAUACGCCUCGCUCUGCCGGCGCGAAAAGGCGCUGCACCCGCUCUCACGCACGGAAUUUGCAGACGUGUGCACGAGCCUCGAGGCGGCGUCGCUGGUGAGCGCAGUGGCUGAGCGGGGCAGUGGCGGGGGCGGCAGCUUCAGCAGCAGCUUCAGCGGCAGCUUUGGCGCGAGCCAGCCCGGCACGCCGAGCCGGAGGGGGAGAAAGCCGAGUGGAGUGGGCGCUGAGGUGGUGGUGUCCGGGUUGGUUGAGUCAAGGCGCGUGGCUAGUGUUGUGGGGGUGAAGGAAUUGGGGGGGGCGGUGUUGGGAGGGGUUGGGGGAGAGGUUUUGAGAGGACUGUUGUUUGGGGAGGGGGACGUGGGUGUGGAUGGUUAAGUUUAUGUGUGGGGUGUGGGGUUUUGUUUAUUUUUCUUUUUUGGGGGACGGGCAUCGUUUGGAGCGAGGCGUUGGGGGUUUCUUGGUUUUUCUGUUCUUUUUUUUUUUUCUUCUUUUU